AGUGCCGUGUUGAUGUGGAAGUCUCAGCUCUCAUAUUGAUGUAUGUACAUACCAUAAGUAGUAUUUAAUUGCAAACUGGAAAAUGUGACCAGAGAAGUAUUUACACAGUUUUCUUGGGGGAGGUGGUGGCCACUGUUGGGUGUUCGUCUCAAAAUCCAUUCAGUCUUCCCUCGUUACUUCAGCUAUAGGAGAACUCUUGCACCAUUUAGGUUUUAUCCCCUCUUUCUAGCUUUUUCCCCUACCUGGAACCUGGUCAGCAGUAAGCCCGUACCGAGUGACUGCUCUCUGCAGGGAGAAGGGACAUCAGGACAUGUCUAGCCUUAACCUUGACCUCGGAGGAAUCUGAGAAAAGGAGAGCAGAGAGUAUCACGUGGCCUCUGAGAACUGAUGGCACUUUUGUGUCCUCCGUGUCACUAUUCAGAGCCACCAGAAUAAGGGUGACACGGUAGUUCAAUCCCAGCCAAGGAUGGAAGAGUAGGCACCCUCCUUCUGUUGGUUUUUCUGUUGUCAGAGAUGACGACGGUUCAUUUAAGUGAGUCCUCUUUCCUUCAAGCACUGUGAUUUUCUGCAAAAGAAAAAUUAUCAUUCAUUUGCAGGCUUCUUGCCGGGGUCUUCAUCAAUGUACUUCUAAGUGGAAAUUUAAGUUAAGACCCUGAGCUUUGCUUAAAAAUACCAAUAGCUAACACUUACUGAGUUCUUCGUGUGUGCCCCUCCUGUUCUAAGCACUUUCAAGUAUUAUCAGCACUUUGCCAACUGGUACUUCUUUCACUAUAAAUAGGGAGUGUAAAGACACUGCAUUUCUUUUUGCCACUACUCUGUCUCAGCUUAAUUUCAGUAGGUUCUUCCUUCAGAUUUUAUGGUACUGAUGCAGCAGCUCAGUAAUUCAGCAUCCGGGUCGGACCCAGUCCUCAGCCAGCAAAGCCAGGAGGUUGGCCCCGGAGGCUUCACGCACCUGGCAUUCUUGAUGCGAAGUGAGGACGGUGCACUCAUCAGAUGUGUGUGUGGUUUUUCUCUAGGAUCAUCCACGAAGAUGGCUUCUCUGGAGAAGACGUGAAACAGUACAAGCCUGUUGUCUACAGCAACACCAUCCAGUCCCUGGCAGCCAUCGUCCGGGCCAUGGAUACUUUGGGCAUCGAAUAUGGUGACAAAGAGAGAAAGGCCGACGCCAAGAUGGUGUGUGAUGUGGUGAGUCGGAUGGAAGACACCGAGCCCUUCUCCGCAGAACUGCUCUCGGCCAUGAUGCGGCUCUGGGGUGACUCAGGAAUCCAGGAAUGCUUCAACAGGUCUCGGGAGUAUCAGCUCAACGAUUCCGCCAAAUACUACCUGGACAGCCUGGAUCGGAUCGGGGCCGCCGACUACCAGCCCACCGAGCAGGAUAUCCUCCGAACCAGGGUCAAAACCACUGGCAUCGUGGAAACCCACUUCACAUUCAAGAACCUCCACUUCAGGCUAUUCGACGUCGGGGGCCAGCGAUCUGAACGCAAGAAGUGGAUCCACUGCUUCGAGGACGUCACAGCCAUUAUCUUCUGUGUCGCGCUCAGCGGCUAUGACCAGGUGCUCCAUGAAGACGAGACCACGAACCGCAUGCACGAGUCCCUGAAGCUUUUCGACAGCAUCUGUAACAACAAAUGGUUCACAGACACGUCCAUCAUCUUGUUUCUUAACAAGAAGGACAUAUUUGAAGAGAAGAUCAAGAAGUCCCCGCUAACCAUCUGCUUCCCUGAAUACACAGGCCCCAGUGCCUUCACAGAGGCCGUGGCUUACAUCCAGGCCCAGUAUGAGAGCAAGAACAAGUCAGCCCACAAGGAGAUCUACACCCACGUCACCUGUGCCACUGACACCAACAACAUCCAGUUUGUCUUUGACGCCGUGACGGACGUCAUCAUCGCCAAAAACCUGCGGGGCUGUGGCCUCUACUGAGCCCCAGCCUCACCGACCAGCUGCCCGCCUCCCUGCCUGGACUGCCACCCCACCCCACCCCUAGGACCAGAGCUCCGUCGCCUCUCAGACCGCUCUCUGCACUUGACAAAGAAGCGCCAGCCACUGGCACUGAGGAAGGAGGAGGAAACACCCUCCGUCAGCCGCCCCUCCCCCGGACAUCAGAAGGCGUGGUAACACAGGGCCUGGGCCGGGGUGCCGAGUGCCCGCACCACUGGCCUCCGCUUUAUCUCUGAGAGUUCUGUCCUGGGGAGAGGGGUGUGGGGGCCAAGGCCACCAUUUGGCCCAGAAUGGGCAUGCACUGCACUUGGUGACUCAUACUCAAAGUCCCAGGGUCUCCUCCUGUGUGGGGGUGGCUCUGGGCCAGGGUGCUGGCUGGGGUGGGGGCCGCGGGAGCCACUGCUCAGCCUCUCCUGGGGUCUUUUCUGGUCGAGUGCGGCUGCGUCACCAAAAGCCAGGGUGGGACCAGCCCAACCACGUGUGGGUCCCAGGGCUCAGGCCACGGCGAGUGCCUCCCUCCUCCUUGUGCCUGGAUCUCGGCCCUCUGUCACGAGCCCCUUCUUCUCUGGACCAUCAUCCCUCCUUGCACACUUUGGAGGUUCCCAUUGCCUUCUGGGGAACCCCCAUCCCUGACUCCUCGUAGGUCUGGAAAUGCUUCUGAGACUGACUUCUUGCAAAGGCACGUGGUUGAUGGUCAGAGGAGUUGAGUCCCGCGCCUGGAAGGAAGUCUAGGAGGAGGUGGGAGGCGGCAGGGGAGGGGAGGCUGAGGGGAAGUAGCUCUGGGGUCGACCGGGAUGGGGCCUCACCCCCAGUGCUUGCGGGCUCAAGGAUGACCCGUUCACUUUCUCCCAUCACCUGGGUCUCUGGCAACUGCUCCAGAAUGUGAGUAGUCAGUCGUGCUCUCCCUUCUCAGAUUCACAGUGAAUCCGGCUCAAACCAGCAAGGCCAGGCGGGGGGGGCCCUCAGGCACCGUGUUCUGAGGUUGAGGAGGCCCCGGGGAGGUGUUGAUGUGGCCCCUGCAGCCAAUAGCGCAGCUUCCUUCCGUCUCGGUGAAGAAAACAGAGUUUGUCCAGAGCUGUGGGUGUCCUGCCAGCCCUCAGGGGCAGAGGAGGAAAGACAGAUGGGGCCACCAUCCUGAGGGGCCCAGACUGGCUCAGACACAUACCCACCUCCCCCACCCCCCGCCCCACUUCUCUGGAGAGAGAGUCCUAGAACACCCUGGAGGGGCUUUGCUGCAGAGAUUCCUGAGCAGAAAGGGGUGGGGUGACUUCUUUUGGUGACCCAGGCCGUGGCUGGCCUCGGGCAAUCAACAUACCUCUCCCUUACACCCAGGAGCCUCCAGCGGGCUCACGCCAACACCCUAGGCAAGCCCUGUGUGCUUGUUUGGCAGUCGGUCCUAGGAGUCAGAUGUGCCCAUGGUAGGGGAGAGGGCUGCCCCUUAAGAGGCCUCUGACCCCUUCCUCGAGCCCUCUGUGCUCUCGGCCUCACUCUGGGCUCUGUUCCUGGACUCCCACUACAGCCCCUGGGCUGCCCCAGAGCCAGGAAGAGCCCUGUGCCAACAGCUCUGGGCUUCUUGGUUCCGGUAGGCACAGAGCUCUGGGUGGUGCGCAGGAAACCCAGGGCAUCCUCCCUAGUGCCAAAUGCCUGCAGGGAUGCGCGCCACUGGGAAGCCACACCCCUCGUCCGGCGCACUUACUGCUGCCCCCGUCCUUGUGGGAAGUCACCGGGUAGCCAGGCUGCAGGGACCAACCCCCCCACCAGCCCAAGCCCACUUCAGCUUUGCUUGCCUUGUUGCGUGCUGGACUUUGCACCAGGUGCUGGGUCGUGGCAGAGGACAGGCCCCUGGAACCAACAGUCUCCGUGUCCUACUGUGAGCAGCCAAGGCCAGUGAGGCCAUUUUGUCCAACAGUAAAGACGUAGCAGGUCUUUCCCGGCAUCACCCCACCCUGGAAGUGAUCUGCUGCGCCCCUAACUCUGCCCCGUGACCCCAGACUCAAAAGCAGCCACCAAGAGGAGGCAUGCUUGGACAACCCCACCUCUAAGGCCAUUGCCCUGGAGGUGGAAGUCACUGGCCCUCUGGGCCCAGGGUUCUCCAUCGGCCAGCUGCCCCCACCCUCCCCUGUGGCACCAGGAGGCUGGAGGGGCAGGUUGCCUGGGGCCUUCCUGUCCUUCUGUGCCCCAGGCUGCCCGCAGUGCUCUCGCCGUCCCACCCUAGCCUGCGGUGGAGUCCUCGGCUAACGGAAGCCCACACGGAGAGGGCAUCUGGGACAAAGUUCCCUCCUUGUCCACUGCGUCUCCCAUCCACGUCGUUACUGGUGGCUCCAGUAUGGGGAGGGAUGACUGAGGGUGACAGAUGAGUUCUGGCUCCGUCGUGGGUAUGGAUGUAAGGGGACGAUGUUGUGAGUGAGAGACCAGGCAUUGGGGGGCGGGGUGGUGUCUCUCAUCCAUGGUGGCUUCGUGCGUGUCCCCAAAGGACCAUGCCUUAAACUCUAUGAAUGGCUCUAAUUUAGCAGGCUGAGGGGAAACGGGAUUUCUAGGAGGGACGCCUUUGCCAAACCCAUGAAAAGUGUGCCUGCCAUUUAGAUGCCUGUGGGCAAGUUCUGUGCCCUGCACCGAUUGCCCUCACAAAAGCCCAGUCUGGGCCUUCCCGCUGAGAACUGUGGUUCCCCAGGGCUCUCCAGCCUCCCUGGAGGGAGCCGGGCCU